UCCGGUUGCUUUCGGUUCAUGCGUCCGGAUCGAUUGGCCCGCCUCAUUUAUUAUCGAUAUGCAUGCGUCGCGCGGUCAUGACACCGCGCAUCCCGACGUUUGUGCAACGGUAAUCCAGUCAGUUAAUAAGUGCCUUCCCGAAUUCUAGAAGGGGGUCGACAUACGAGGUUACCGAACGUGGCAAGCCAGUCGGGACAGUGCACGAGCGUCCUUCGGCGCGGACUGAGCGAGAGCAGCGGAGAGGCGCGUACCGGAGGAACCAUUCGAGAACGGCGUCUUCGGUGCGGUUGUUGUCGUUGUCGUCCUCGUCACCGUCGUGGUGUAGUCGCUGUAGUGUGCGGUUGCCGACUUCGCGCGCAGUGAGUGCACUUAGGAGGGUUCGAGCGUGAAGAAGAGCUCAUCAGCUUUCCGCGCGACCCUGACGAUAAACGGCGAGUUUGAAAGGGUCGCUUCCGCCCGCCGGGGACGAGAGCCCGCGAUCAAGAUAUAACGGCCCCCACAAAAAUUACUUAAUGCGUUGAGGAUGCGCCGUGACUUCUGCAACGGGGGGCUUGCCUACGCCGUUGCGUGGGUGUUGUCAAUCUGCCUACUGCUCAUCCUCUCGCUGCCGUCACCGAUCACCGCAGAACCGUCGCUGAAAACGGUCGGUCGAUGCCCAUCUCUCGACGAGCAGAACGUGUGCCCUUCGAGAGCACCGGCCUGCGAGAGUGACUUCCAGUGCCAAGGCGAACCGGAGGAGCGCUGCUGCAGGACCGCCUGCGGUUUCCGGUGCGUCGCAGGUGAGCUGACCGGAUGCGAGCAACUGGCACUCGCGGCCGUGAGACGAUCGCGGGCCCUCGGCGCCCGGGGCCCGUCGCAGUUUGUGCCGCGUUGCAACAAUGCGACUGGCGAGUUCGAGAAAAUACAGUGCGAGCCGGAAGGACGCAGCUGCUGGUGCGUCGACGCGAUCGGCGCGGAAAUCCCCGGCACCCGAGCACCUAGCAAGGACGUCAUCGACUGCGACAAGCCCCGCUUAUGUCCGGCUCAUAGCUGCCGGAUGUUCUGCCCCCUAGGAUUCGAGAUCAAUGAGGGCACCGGCUGUCCGAAGUGCGAGUGCCGGGACCCCUGUCGCGGUGUCACCUGUCCGGGAACCAGUCAGACGUGCGAGCUGAUGGAAGUAAGCUGCGCACGUCCCCCAUGUCCACCAGUGCCCAGUUGCCGCAAGGCCAAGUCCUUAUUGACAAUCUGCCCGGCCGGUGAGCCGUUGCAGAUUACGGGUUCGCCGCGGCCGUUCCUCUGCGGUGACGCGCCGGGCAAACCGACCUGUCCGCCAAUGUACAGCUGCCUGGUGGAGCCCAAGCAAGAGUAUGGAGUCUGUUGCCCAUCUAGCGUGAAUCUGCAGCGUGCCGGCACGUGCCCUGCGGACCUUGCGGAGACGGACCCGUGCGGGCCCAGCUGUCGCUAUGACCUUGAGUGCCCUGGGCCACAGAAGUGCUGCAGCAGUGAACGCUGCGGUGGUAAUGUAUGCGCAAUACCCCAAGGCCUCAGCGUGUGCCAUCGCGAUCGUCUACUCGCCGAGAUGCUGAGCGUUUCUGAGCGACAAGGUCGCGGCUACGUCCCGCAGUGCACGGAAGAUGGAGCUUUCGAAACGAGGCAGUGCUCGAGGAACGGUUUAGUUUGCUGGUGCGUGGACGAUGAGGGUAGGAAGAUAUCUGGCUCUAUGGGCUCCGCCGAGAAGAUUGACUGUAAAUCGAUAAGCAAGGCGCGUUCACUUCCGGCGUCUUGCAGUCCACAACAAUGUGCUCAAGUUUGUCAGUACGGCUUCAAAACGGACUCUUCUGGCUGCCAGACUUGCGAAUGCGAUAAUCCAUGCGAAGAAUUUUCUUGCCCGGAAGGACAAGAGUGCGUGUUGAAGCGGGAGGACGGCUGUCCCGAUUUUCUCUGCCCGACGAAACCGGAGUGUAAACCCAGGAAGACUUACAGGAACCCCUGCCUCUUUGGAACACCGUUGAUUGAUCAACAUGGGAACGCCGUGACUUGCUUCGCCAAUAAAACUUGUCCCGAUGGCUACAAGUGCACGAUGGUACCGAAAGCGGGUCAGUCGGUGUGUUGCAUGGAAGCGCCAAGCCAUACGAAAGCACCUACAAUGUGCGAGUACCUGCGGGACUUCAACGAGCGCAUGGAGAGCACGCGAGAGGGAAUGUCUUUAGCGAUCUCGCCGCCUCAGUGUGAGCAGGACGGCGGAUAUAGUCCGCUUCAAUGUUCGCGUAACAGUACAAGCUGCGACUGUGUGAACCAUCGUGGCGUGAUCCUGAAGAGCGGACUAGAACCGAGCGCCACCGCCGACUGCCGAGCCGUCAAGGAGCUCGCGCAGCUCUGCAAGCAUCUGUACUGCAAUCUGAUCUGCCCGUACGGCUACGAGGUGGAUGCGACCGGCUGCGAGCAGUGUCGAUGCCACGAACCGUGCCGGGAUGUCACCUGCGACCCCAACGAAACCUGCACGAUGAUCGACGUGAACUGUGGGCCGGAUCAGUACUGCCCCGCAGUACCGGCAUGCUUGAUCACCAAGCCGGGCCAGUGUCCAUACCUGGUACCGAGCUCCUCGAGCUGCGAACUUCAGUGCAGCAACGAUCAAGAGUGCUCAUCUGGCGACAAAUGUUGUUCAACUGGAUGCGGCACGCAGUGCGUCGCCCCGGUGAUGGCGACGGCGUGCCAACACGCCCGUGCGGUCGCCGAACACGCCGCCCGUGAAUCCGGCGAACCCGCUAGGCGGAUCUACAUCCCCAGGUGUGACGCUGAUGGCACGUUUGAGCCAGUACAGUGCCACAACGGCAUGUGCUGGUGCGUUGACGAGGAGGGCAAAGAAGCUGCGGGUACCCGGGUUCUUGAGGGAAUCGUGCCGCGCUGCAACAUGCCCCUUAGGUGCCCGGAAGUAGACUGCAAGCUCGAUUGUCCGAAUGGUCUAGAAUUGAACGCGAACACCGGCUGCCCGACCUGUUCCUGUCGCGAUCCUUGCAAGAGUGUAACUUGCCGCGGCGAGAACGAGGCAUGCCGGAUGGUGGAGGUGGCGUGCAGUGCGCCCCCGUGCCCACCCGUGCCCGUCUGCCUGCCGAAGAAGGAUAACCCGUGCCCGAACGGCUCCCCGUUACUGCAUCAGGAUGGCUCGGUGGCUACUUGUGGACCGCAUGGUCGUCACUGCCCUUCGACGCACAAGUGCGAGCUGUCGCCACUGGAUGAGUACGCGGUCUGCUGCCCGAAACCACGCGACGUCUGCUUCGAGCCACCCAGGAAAGUACCCUGCAACCUCAGCGCGGGCUUCAACGAGACUGAGAGGUGGUACUUUGAUUCGGAGCGCAACGAGUGCCGGCGCAAGCGUGAGUGCACCCUCGGCCACAACGACUUCUCCAGUCAGUUGGUCUGCGACACCGUCUGCCCAGUGUUGUCGCAGUGCGAACGAUUGCGCGAGAAAAACUUGAAGAGGUCACAGAGGCUGAAGCAACCAACGUUCUUGCCCAAGUGCAACCCUGACAGUGGAACAUGGGAGCCGGUGCAAUGCCUGGAGCACGUGGGUGUCUGCUGGUGCGUGAAUCGCAAAGGUCAGCCGAUCAAGGGUUCGCUCACGAGGGGCGCCGAGCCCAAGUGCAACUUCCGGCAGGCCAGGCGAGGUGGCAGGGAGCCGCAGUCCCAAGAGAUAGAUCGUGAGAUUCAAGCGAUCAUGGAAGAUACUCUGGUAAGCCUAGAGGUGGACGAGCGACGCACGGAGAAGAUCCUCGGCACGAGAUGCCAGGCGAUGAAGGACAAGGGCCACGUACCGGCGAUAUGCGACUCGCAGGGCAGAUUCGAGCCGAUGCAGUGCGCUGCCGACACUUGCUGGUGCGUCGACGAGGCCGGAAAUCAGCUCAUCGGGUCCGAACCAUUCCUGAAGGGAACGAGCAUUUGUCUGCCCACGCCGGUCGAAGCCGUCGAGGUGACGUUACGUUUCCCCGGCCGAUUCCUCGCCACGGACGAGGUGCGAUUCAUCUCGGAGGCCGAGAACUUUCUGCACGAACUUGGCGCGAGGCUCCGGAAGGACGUGCAAGUGGAGAUCAAUCAGGAUUCGGUAAUCCUGAGCUUCGAGAUCGUCGGUGCGAACAAAGUGGACAUAGCGUUUCACCUCGAGGAGCUCACGCGCAUUCAGAAGCUAUCGAUGCUGGGCUCAUCCGCGGACGCGACCACCUCGCGCUUCAUACAUCGCUCGACCCCCCUGUCGACGCACGGUCGAAUCGUCGCGUUGGAACAACGCGAGAUUCUCACGCAGGUGGACACGCCAGUCUAUCAGACCGCGACGCUCGUCCUGGCAGCGGGCAGCGCCUUCAUCAUCAGCAGUCUCGUCAUCCUGCUGAUGUUAUAUCGCAAAAAGAUGAAAGUGAAGGAUCCCACGCGGACGUUUCUCAUGGACCAGCACUUCCUCGCGUACAGCCAGCAGCCGGUCUACGUGAUAUCGGGAGCGGAGCAAGAUAAGAAGAAGGAGGCUGCGGCGCAGCACAUGUUAGGGAACAUCCAUACGUCAGACACCGUUGUCGAGGCAUAAGUAAAUCUAAAGUAAACCUGACGCUAUCUAUCCGCGUUGUUGUUUCAUCGGAAGCUACUUGCUUUGCAACGUGUCGAGUGUUACGCGGAUGACUGACUUGUUAUUAAAUUUGUUUAUAAUAAUUAAGUUUAAUUCUAAAUAAUGUGAAAGCAUUAUGACAACGUAAAGCAAACCCUAUACUAUCAAAUGUUUUCACUGUUAACAAUGUAUCUUCGAAUUAUUUGUGAAUGAUGAAAAUAUUCCACUGCGAUUAUAGCGAAGUCUUGAUUGAAAACAACAAAAGUCAAAAAAGGAAAUAAAACAUUAAAUU